UAUGGACAAGUCUUUAUAAGGAUGUAUUGUAUUUAGAUAUAAUAAUAACAAAUACUCUUUAGACUUUAUCUAUAAACUACUAUCUUCACAUAUAUUAUCUAUAAUUAUACACAGUUACGAUACGAAUAAUAUGAAUACAAUCAUUUAAUUUAUUGCAUUACUUUUAGAACAUCUACCUUUGAUUUAGGUUCUCUGAUUUUCUUUGGUUCUUACAAACAAUAUUUUAUCAUAAAGUACUU